CAAGAGUUCAGGAACAAAUACAAAGUAGUAAACAUAGAUGUCGGAGAAUUGACGCGACGCAAGAGAUGUGCGAAAGAUUCUCCUUGUAAAUCACCGAGAACCGCAAGAACACCGAGUUCACCAGCGACGAAAACAUUUGAACGAGUUCGCAACCCCAAAAGUAAAAGAAAGAUUAUUUCCACGGCUAAUGAUAGUGCUGAAAGGGACGAAGAAGCUGUAUUCGUAGGGCAACCUCGGAAUGCAUCACCUACGGAGCUGAGAAGUUUGCAGUUAUUGUAUGUUGCUAGAAGUAUGUGAGAAUAUUAUUGAUUUUCUUUGCUUCUCUUCUUAGGUACGCAUUUACUAUCCGUCUUACCCUGGUCCCAGAGGCUUUACUUACUCUUUCGUCUCUGUGGUUUUACGAGCCGCGAAGCGGCGAGAAAAUUUGACGAGCCGCGAAGCGGUGAGAAGUAAGCGAAAGCCUCUGGUUGGAGACGGUUAAUUUACUGAUCUCACCGCGCCAAUCAAAUUAAAGAUUUCACAAAUUUGUUCUGGCUCAUUGAUUGGUCAAUUUUUCACCUCGCCUGUGAUUGGUUUAAAAGAGUUUGUCAUAGGGGUGAGGGGUUAGGGAGUUUUUACUUCCAUUUGACUUUUGACCAGGGUAGGGAUGGGUUUUUUUUUUUCAAGUUUGUCACUCUGAGCCAACAUUUGUUGUAUUUUCAAGUAUUCUGCAUUUUCUAAAAUUUCUUCAUGAAUCAAUUCGUUUCGGAGGCUGUUUUCGGAGAGAUAGUGUCUAUAGCUCUCGAAUACCGCUUUCAGAACAUCCAAGCCCUGUCAGAAGAGCAAAAGAAAGCACUUCACGGCCUCAUUAACAGGAAAGACGUCUUCGCCAUAUUGCCAACAGGACAUGGAAAGUCAUUGAUUUUUCAGCUUCUGCCUGAUCUUUGCCGUCAGUUGUCAGUAAGAGGAUAUUCUUAUCCAACGAAUCCAAUAAUUAUGGUCAUUUGUCCUCUUAAAUCAUUGAUAGAAUCGCACAUUCGCGAACUACAAAGCUAUGGUCUAACAGCGGCGGCUGUGAGCGGCGACGAAGUCAAUGAUGAUGCCAUUCUUCGAGGAGAGUAUUCGUUUGUGUUUGGCAGUCCCGAAAGCUUUCUUCAAAAUGAGAAGUGGAGGCAGAUGCUGCUUAGCAAAGACUACCAAAGCAGACUGUUAACGUUUGUUACAGACGAAGCCCACGUCGUACCGAAAUGGGGAUUUGACAAAGCACAGAAAGCUGCCUUUAGGAAAUGCUUUUCAAGAAUUGGCGAAUUGCGAUCCCUUGGACCUAAUGGUACUCCAAUGCUAUCUUUGACUGCGACAGCAAAGCUAGAAACUCAAACUGCUGUUAUAAAUGCACUUGCCUUGAGAGAUGACUUUGAACUGAUCUAUGUAAGUCCAUACAGGGCAAACAUAUACCUUACAAAGUUGAUUGUUUCUACUAAGAUUUGGAAAACCUUUGCAUGGCUGAUUGAAAGGCUAAGAGAUCAAAAAAAUGCACUAGAGAGGACAAUUAUCUAUUGCAAGUCCAUCAAGGAUUGUGGGCAGUUAUUUCAGUUGUUUAAAUCAGAGCUUGGUGAUGAAAGUUAUUUCCCUCCUGGUUGUGAAAAAGAGUCCACAAAUUUAUUAUUUGGAAUGUUUCACCACAAUACACUGGCUAAACAAAAGGAGAGAAUUUUGAACUCUUUAUAUGAAAAAGAUGGAGUGUGCAGAGUUGUUUUUGCCACAAAUGCAUUGGGUAUGGGCGUCAACUUCCCCAAUGUAAGGACGGUGAUCAAUUAUGGACCUCCAAGAGAAGUAGAAGAAUUUGUUCAGCAAAUUGGAAGAGCAGGACGAGAUGGCCAACCUGCUCUUGCUGUCCUACUUUAUAAUGGACACCAUUUAAAGAAAUGCGAGGAUGCCAUUUUGAGUUAUUGUGACAAUACUAAAACUUGUUUGAGAAAACAAAUUGCAUCAGAAUUUCAACAAAUUAAUGAAUUGACAUUUGAAUGUGGGUCUCAUAAGUGUUGUGUUAACUGUCACAGUGAUUGCAACUGCGAAGAGAAAUGCCCAAUACCAAUUCCAUCAUUUGUCAAAACAAAUGGCACUGCAAGGCAAGAUAGAAAGAAGAGGACUGUCUCAAAAGAGGACAGGAAGCUCUUGCAAGAUCUCCUCAUAGAAGAAAUGCAAGCUGAGCAAAAAGGGCUCUGUACCUACCUUAACCCAGAAUGUACAGCUGGUUUUAGCAAGUCUCUGGUGAAAGCUGUCCUUGAACACUGUAAAUACAUCUUUACUCUCGAUGACAUUGUAACUUAUCUACCUGUGCUAAAGAAGUCCCAUGCAGUUGUUAUCCUACAAAUGUUUGCAGAAAUCUUUGAGGAUGUAAGCUUUCAAGAAAUUGACUUAGUACAGCAAGUGGAGCCAGACGUGCCUCAGGAAAGGUAUGACCUUACAUAUGGAAAAACCUUUGAUGAAUCCCAGUCUAGUGGUACAUCCGCAGGAGAGGAGAACUCAAAUUGAAGAUAGUACAUUGCAUUUACUAUGAACAAUAUUAUAAUUAGCCAAACUAGACAAAAGCUCUACUUUCAACUUAGUUUAUCAUAUUGUAUAGAGUAGUAAAGUGAUGAAAUCAUAAAAUAAAACUUUGAGAAUUUUCAAAAUCUGCUUGCAUAUUCUGAAAGGGCAUCAUGUUCGAUUUCCUGAAACAAUUCAAGAAUUUCGGACAAAAAUCUUUUUGUGACGUCACACUUUACCACUCUAUUGCUGUUUUUCACAGGCAUGACAUAACUACAAGUAUUUUGCAUAUAUCUCAUUUCUAUUAUGCUUUCCACGCGGUAGAAUAUAUUUUUCAGAUGGAAUUUAACUGUAUAGAGAGAAGAGUAUGAUGCAAAACAACUAUUGUUGAUGUGAUUCAAAAUUGUCGGUGAUAUGGUCUUGUCUCAUGAGGACAAAAAGAUUCCAACCAAAUAGCAAUUAAAUUAAAAAAACAAAACAAGACAAAAACAAAACAGCAAAACAAUAACAACAACAAUUAGUUUGAAGUUGUUGUUUUUUAUUUUAAGCCAUGUUUAAAACACAUGACAUACUGACCAUUAGACUUUAGGAUAAAGUUCUGUUAAAACAUUAAGUAUAGCUAGUUUUGUCUCUAUAGACCCAUGAUGUUUAAGUUUUGUUAUUUAACUAGACUGAUUCAAGAGUUACAGUUUUACUUCUUUGAACUUGGGGGUACUCAACUACCCACGUAUUUUUUGUCAACAUGAGAGUGUCUUGACAAUAUAACAAAACCUUUUUAACUGUUAGAAUAUUAUUCUUGUUGUACAGACAAAAGGGGCUUAUAAACUAUUACACAGUAACUAUGCAGGUUGUAAUGCAUUCACAUGUGGCAAUAAAUCUUUUCUGUAAACCUACCUAUAUAGAAUUAUGCAAUAACAAAUAAUGUUCAACCAUAAAAACAUUCACAAGCAACCAGAACAUUAAUGCAAAACUCACGCUAUUCUUUUAAUUUAAUGCAUUUGGAAGUUUUUGGUGUUUUAGCUGUUAAAGUUAUACUGGUCUUGCUGAAGUAACCUCACCAUAAACAAGUGCAAUUCAA